AUGCUGAACGGUAGUGUUGGUCGUGGAAACAUGGAUAGGGGUUCGAUUCAAGACUACAAUGUAGGUGGAGGAGGAGGUGGUGGAGGAGGAGGUGGAGGAGAGUUAAAUUUAACCGGCAUCAAUUCCGAGGAUUUUAUUAUACAAAAUACAACGAAUUUUCCAUUUCACCGUGAAACAACCGAUUUCAGUUAUUCCGAUUUCUGGCCUUUUAUUUCGUGUGAAGAUAAUGACACAGUCGGCUGCAACGAGUCCCUACAUCUUAACAACAUAUCUCUGUUGAACGAGACAGGUUCCCGAAAUGGGACCCUGAUAGGCGAAGGGGCGGAGUAUCGAUACUGGACCCUAUUUCUCCUUACCUUUCCGUUCUUCACGGUAUUUGGGAAUGUCCUUGUAGUGAUGAGUGUUUAUCGAGAGCGGAGUCUGCGCACUGCCACCAACUAUUUCAUCUGUUCUUUAGCAGUGGCGGACAUCAUGGUUGCUGUCAUGGUGAUGCCCUUAGCAGUGUACAUGGAGGUUGUCCAGAUAUGGUUGCUUAGCGACCCACUGUGUGAUGCCUGGGUCGCAUCUGACGUCAUGGCGUGUACAGCCUCCAUUCUAAAUCUCACAGCCAUAAGUGUGGACAGAUUUAUAGCCGUUACACAGCCUAUAAAAUAUGCCAAACAUAAAAAUUCCAAACGUGUUUUUGUGACGUUAGCUCUGUGUUGGAUUAUCUCGGUUGCCAUAGCAGCACCAAUCGCGCUUGGUGUUAAUUAUUCCGAGUUACGUAAACCAGGGUAUUGUACAUUUUUCAAUGCUGACUUCCUCAUUUACUCUUCAAUGGGAUCCUUCUAUAUCCCCUCGUUAAUAAUGAUAUUUCUAUACUGGAGGAUAUAUCGUGUACUUCACCUGCGAACACGUGCACAAGCGAGAUCAAAGAAAGCACGACAAAUAAAGCAUGAAACAUCUGCAACUAAUGUUAUAGCUAAUCCAGCGACUGUGACUGCAAUUAAAAGUGAGCCGACCGUUACAACCGGCCUGGCCAAAAGUGUGGAUAACGGUAAGCUCGCCACUUAUAACACAAACGACAAAAACAACCAAGCCAAACUGUCUAUUCCGAUCACAGAGUCCGACGACGUCUCGGUCACAAAUGUGGGCACAAACACCGACUCUCAGUCGAGUGAACGAUUCAACGAAGACGAAAAAGUGCCAAAAACACCUAUAAGUGACGGUGAGGUCGAUAUAGACGAUGAUAACGGCGACGAAAAAGGUAGUGGUGCGCUAAUAGUUAACAGGGUAGCCGUGCGAGAGGUGGAGGUGCAAAUUGGCGGAAACGGAAAUGGUACUUGUAAUACAACACUGUGUACGGAAAAUGAGACAAAGUUCGGAACGCCUGUACAAAGAGUGGUUAUAGACCAAGCUAGUGAUGAUAAUGUUUGUAUAAGAUCACCAGGCAGGAAAGGACUUCCUCACCGCAGAAAGGAAAAGAAAGGGGGAGGGAAAUUCCACUUCCACAUGCGCACGAGCCGAAAAAGGAAAGAAAAAUCGUCAUCAAAAAGAGAAAAAAAAGCAACUAAAACACUAGCUAUUGUAUUAGGUGUUUUCCUAUUUUGCUGGGUUCCCUUCUUCACAAUAAACAUCAUUAAUGCGAUAUGCAUCCGUUAUGAACUCUUUAGUAGCCCUAUGUGUAAUAUAGAUAACUUCCUGUUUAGUUCUUUUGUCUGGCUGGGUUAUAUAAACAGUUUUCUCAACCCAGUCAUCUACACCAUAUUUAACCCUGAAUUUAGGAAAGCUUUCAAGAAAAUCCUCACAGAGAAGUGCUAG